GAAAGGGAACUUUGCUAGGCUGCGGGCCUGCAUCUCAGAACUCCGCAUGUUGCAGAGAGAAGGUUGUUUCAGACCACAAGGCACUUCUCUGCAGCUGGCGGUAGAGGAUGGACUCCAGCAGUUCAAACAGUACAACAGACAUGUGUCUACAGGCGCAGCUCUCACCUGCACUUCCCUGGAGAUCACUGUUCUGACUUCCCAGCCUGGAAAAGAGGUGGUCAAACAAUUGGAGGAAGGAUUGAAAGAUACAGACCUCGUCAGGGUCAGGAGGCUUCAGGUAGUUGAGAUCACAAAGGGAGUCCUCGAGGGUAUGGACUCAGCAUCCCCUGGUGAAGAGCCCAGCAACGAUGAGAGUUCUAUCCUGGGAACUGACAUUGACCUUCAGACUAUAGACAAUGAUAUUGUCAGCAUGGAGAUUUUCUUCAAAGCCUGGCUACAUAAUAGUGGAACAGACCAAGAAUAUAUCCAUCUUCUUCUUCCUUCACGGGCUUUCAGCAACAUUUCCAGAGCCAGAGAUAAUCCAAUGUGCCUGAAAUGUGAUCUCCAAGAGCGACUUCUCAGCCCAUCCCUGCUCCCUGGCACAGCUGAUGGCUCCUUGAGAGUGGAUGACCCCAAAGGAGACUUCAGCACACUCUACCAAAUGGCUUCUCAGUCAUCAGCCUCUCGUUACAAACUCCGGGUGAUCAAGGCUCUAAAAUCCAGUGGGGUCUGCGAGUCACUGACGUAUGGACUCCCAUUCAUCCUCAGACCCACAAGCUGUUGGCAGCUGGACUGGGAUGAGCUGGAGACAAAUCAGCAGCAUUUCCAUGCUUUGUGUCACAGCCUGCUGAAAAGAGAAUGGCUGCUGUUAGCCAAAGGGGAGCCCCUGAGCGGAGGACACAGCCUGAGAGAGCCCACCAGCACCUUCUAUGUGAUCCUGCCAUCACGCUCCCCGACCCUGCUGGUGAAGGCAGUGGCCACGCGGGAACUGAUGCUGCCCAGUCCCUUCCCCCUGCUGCCUGAGGACCCGCCUGAGGACAGCCUGAAGAUUGUGGAGGCAAGUGGAGCCUAGAUCUCAUGCAACAGACAGAGGGGAGAGAAGACAAUGGAGUUCGGGUAAGGGAUGAGGGA